GAGCCUCCAGAGAGGAUAGACGGCCGGGCCUGGGGAGCCUGGUCACCGCGGGCUCUUCCCGCAGGGGACUUAGGGGCUCCAGCCCUGAACUGCAGUAAACCACCCGGUCCGCCUUCGCGCGCUCCUCCGCUUCUUCCCCUGACUUCUCCUUCCCUUGUAGAGCCGCUGUCUAGAGCCCCAGCCUCGCCACCAUGAGACUCCUGCUGGCAUGCCUGCUCCUCUGCGCCCUGGUCGUGAGAGACUCCGAGAAGCUGAUGAUCUUCCAUUUGAGGGAUAGUUAGACAUGAACAGGGGCAGCCAUGAACUUCAUCAAGUGUCUGUUGCCUCGAAGUGUGGCUGUCUGAAUGGAGGAAAAUGUGUGUCCUACAAGUACUUCUCCAACAUUCAACGAUGCGACUGCCCAAAGAAAUUCCAAGGGGAACACUGUGAGAUAGAUACAUCGAAAACCUGCUAUCAGGGGAAUGGUCACUCUUACCGAGGGAAGGCCAACACUGACACCAGCGGCCGGCCCUGCCUGGCCUGGAACUCUCCCACCAUCCUUCUGAAAACGUACCAUGCCCACAGACCUGAUGCCCUUCAGCUGGGACUGGGGAAACACAAUUACUGCAGGAACCCAGACAAUCAGAGGAGACCCUGGUGCUAUGUGCAUGUUGGCCUAAUGCAGGUUGUCCAGGAGUGCAUGGUGCACAGCUGCUCUUCUGAAAAGUUACAGUGUGGCCAGAAGGCUCUGAGGCCCCGCUUUAAGAUUGUUGGGGGAGAAUUCACCACCAUCGAGAACCAGCCUUGGUUUGCAGCCAUCUAUAGGAGGCACCGUGCAGGCUCUGUUACCUACGUGUGCGGUGGCAGCCUCAUCAAUCCCUGCUGGGUGGUCAGCGCCACACACUGCUUCAUUGAAUACCAAAAGAAGGAGGACUACAUUGUCUACCUGGGUCGGUCAAAGCUUAACUCCAUCACGCCUGGCGAGAUGCAGUUUGAGGUGCAAAAGCUCAUCUUACAUAAGGACUACAGUGCUGACACCCUUGCUCACCACAAUGAUAUUGCCUUGCUGAAGAUCCGUUCCAGCACGGGCCAGUGUGCACAGCCAUCCCGGUCCAUACAGGUCAUCUGCCUGCCCCCAGCGAAUGGGGAUGCCCAUUUUGGCACAAGCUGUGAGGUUACUGGCUUUGGAAAAGAGAAUCCCUCUGACUAUAUCUAUCCAGAGCAGCUGAAAAUGACUGCUGUGAAGCUGGUUUCCCACGAGGAGUGUCAGCAGCCCCACUACUAUGGCACUGAAGUCACCAGCAAAAUGCUGUGUGCGGCUGACCCACAGUGGAAAACAGAUUCCUGCCAGGGAGACUCAGGGGGGCCGCUGGUCUGCUUCACCCAAGGCCGCAUGACUCUGACUGGGAUUGUGAGCUGGGGCCGUGAAUGUGCCAUGAAGGAAAAGCCAGGCGUCUACACAAGGGUCUCAAGCUUCCUGCCCUGGAUCCACACUCACAUUGGGGGAGAGAAUGGCCUAGCCCUCUGAGGGCCCCCAGAGAACCAAGGGAAGAGACGGGUACCACCCACUCCCACAGUGACCGUCAUUUUUGCAGUAGGGCCAUCUGCACAGCUAUAUAUAACGAAGAGACUGAGGAAGAUGAGCUCUGCAGAGGUGGUUUUGCUUGUGCUGCCCAUCAGGGUGAGUGACAGUAGCUUCACCCUCAGAUACACGUCUGGGUGCUGGACGCCCAGAUCUCCCCUGGCCAGGAUGGAAGGGUGGUCCUGAGCCAGAAUGGUAUUGUCGUUUUCUGGACUAAAGCUUCCUGGAGUUAAAAAUGGUAUCUCCUGUGCAUAGGUGGAAGGAGAGCCAGCUCCCUGGCAGUGGGCCAUUCAUGAGGCCCACUGUUGGGAAAUGAAUAAUUUCCCAAUUAGGAAGUGUAACAGAACUGAGGUCUCUUGAGAGAGCUUGGCCAAUGCAGGAACAGUGGUUUGGAGAGUAGGGACACUAAAUGACUUGAGGGAAGGGCUCUGACAUUCCAUGAAUGUAUCAGGAAAUGUUAUAUACGUGUGUGUAUGUUGGCACACUUGUGCACAGGCUGUGUCAGUGUAAGAGCUGGUGUUCUGUGUCUGACUGCAAGUCUAGAUACUUCCCCAAAUUGUAUGGACUGUGACAUCACACAGAAUGGCCUGUUUGGAGAGGUUGUGGGGCCUCUUGGGUCUCCCAGGUGAUGAUAUGUAUAAAUGUACCAUUCUGGGGCACACACUGUGACCAGCACUAAAUUUCCAGUCUCACUUUCACAUAGAUGUCCAUUCUUGGCCAGUUAUCCCUUCUGACCUUCCCGCCGAGUUCAUCCAAUCCUCACUGAGUGAGGUGAGGACCAUUCCUGUACACUGAAUAUUUAAUAAUUAUAUUCUGGUAUUUUUAUUUAUAUCUAUUUUUGUAAUUUUGAAUAAGUAUGGUUGAUCAAAUGUGAUUUUUCUGAAAAUUUUGGCUCUUCCCUCAUGCUUGUAUGGGAGGGAGUUGGGAUGAUAAAAAGUAGAAAAUGACAAUGGUGGAAUGCACCCCAGAGUUUCCUGUGGGGCGAUAUCUGGACUUAAUGGGGCUUUGGGAGGAGAAGCUAGGAGACUUGUGGAACAGACCCUCCAUAGCACAUAAGGUACAAAAAUGUGCCCCAAGCCAGAAGUCCACAGCUUGGUAAAUGGUGUGCAGGCUUUGUCAACUCCUAGUUCCCUCCCCAGCCUCAUGCCUCUGUGCAGUGCACAUCUUGUACAACUUUACACGGUGAUCCUACCAUAUACUCUUCACUCUGACCCCAACAAUCCUUGGGCUGACUUCAACCAAGGGGGACAUGUGCAUGAGUGAAAAUUGCUGAUCCCAAACCCAGCCCAGCUUGAGUCUGUGGCAUUCAGGAAACAGAAGACAUAAUUUCCCAUCAUCUGUGCAUGGGGCUGGUGCUGAGUUUCCUCAGUGUGUGUUAAUGAAGCUCAUGACCAGCCUUUGCUAUCCCUCAUAUCAGGGAGCUCAGAAUCUAAAGCUGGGUGAUAUCCUAAUGGGCAUGUACAUAUAUUCUGAACCAAACAUCAGCUUCUUAAGAACUGGAUGUAGAAGGCAGUUCAGGAGUUACAGUUGGAUGCCAAAAUUUUGGAAUUUCCAAGCUAUGCUAGUGAGUUCUGGCCAUGUUUCUUAACCAAGUCACCUGUGAACUUAAAAAAAAAAAAAUAUAUAUAUAUGUUUAUGCUCUACCCACAGAGAUUGUGAUUCAGGUCAGGGCUGGUGCCAGGGCUCGUGAUUUUAGAAAAAUUCCCUAGGUGUUUCUGAUAUGCAGCCCUGAUUGAGAUACAUUGGUGACAAUUGGCCAGAUUAUGUGAAGGGCCCAAAAAUUCAAGACGUGGUCAGCAUAUGUUCUCUGCAUGAACAGUUAGAUUUCUGAGUGGGGUUUGGGGGCACAAGGUCUCCUGGGCUUCCUGUUCAGAGGAUCCCUAGACAAUGGACCCCUGGAGGGCAAGGACCCAGAGUAUUCAGCUUUUAAUCCCCAUAAUCUAGCAUGUUUCAUUCAGUAUGAUGUUCAGAGCAUGGAUUUUGGAGUCAGGUGGCCUGGACUAGAUUCCUGACUCUAAAAUACUAGUUGUAUGACUUGGGAAAAACUCUUAACCUUUUGUGUCUCAGUUUCCUCAUCUGUAUAAAAGAGAUAUCUACCUCCCAGGAUUGUUAUAAGGAUUCAUGCGUUCAUAAAUCUCUUAGCCAUAAUCCUGGCACCUAGUAAAGGCACAAAAACAGUGGCUACUAUUACAAAACUCUGUAAAUUCUCGUAGAAUUGAAUGGGAACCCCUUCCCCUCUUUACCCCAGGAUUGCAUAGGUGUAUUUUGUGGAAGAUGAAACCUGCUAGGAGAGAAAAGGCAAAGAUGUGAAGCUAAGGAGCCCAGCCCAGGCUGAGUUGCUGCUCAGCCUCUGCAUACCCCGCAGGGGCCAAGAAAGAUCUUGUUCCAACAUGAACAGCGCCAGCAUCAGGGCUCACAGACACUGAAAACAGGAAGUAUGAGCCCUACUGGUGGGUUGAGCAAUGCACUGCUAACAAUCUUCAGACCAUUUCCCAGCCACCUGACCGACCCCCAGCCAGCUGCUACCUCUUCCCAGUCACAGACCUCACUCCGGGGUAGCAGGAAUCAGCCACUUCUCCAGCAACCAGUUUCAAGGCUCCAGAUACAACCCUGUCACUCACUUUAGGGACUGCCUUUUUCUAGUGCUCCCUAAGUGCUGGACAUUGUACUAAGUUCUUCACCUAUUAUCUGGUUUAAUCCUUAUAACAAUCCUAUGGGGAAGGUGCCAUCCUUAGCCCCAUUUAACAGCAGAGAAAAUGGAGAUACAGAGAGAUUAGGUGACUUGCCCAAGGCAAUGUGGCUGGUAAGUAGCAGAGUGCUGGCUCCAGAGUGCACAGGCCCAGCACUCUCAGCAGGGCCCAACCUGAGGGAAGGUUAGCAGCCCUCUUUUCAAGCUCCCUACUUCAGGGAUGCUGGGUGCAGGGAGGCUAAGUGUAACCGAAUUUCAACCCUGGCCUAGAUUAUAAUUCUUUCCUCUUAAAAGAUUCCCAGGCCAAGUGAGCAAAUCACACUCAGCCACCAGUUUCAAAGUAAAACUUUACCCUUCUCAAGCAAACCUCAGCCUUUUUGGUUGAAACCUGAUUUCAUUGAAGUGGUUUUUGUUUUCACCAGAACCCCUCCUUCUGAAAUAGUCUAUGGCUCAUGCUAUUAUCAGGACUCAACUUGAUUUCCACUCAUGCUCUGCCUUUCCCAAGCCAACCCUGCACAACAACACCACCCCUGAAUACACCCCUCCACCCUCAUCCCUGUUUGUCCACCUUCCUCCCCAGCUGCUGACAUUUGAGCCCGCCCUUUGAAUCACAGUGAGAGGAGUUUGCUGAGGUGUUCUUUAAAUAACAGUACUACUGAGGUAUACUAAAUCACAUACCAUACAAUUCACCCAUUUAAAGUGUGCAACUCAAUGAUUUUUUAGUAUAUUCACAGAGUUGUGCAACUAUCACCACAGUCAAUUCUAGAACAUUUUCACCAACUCAAAAAUAAACCCCAUACCGUGUAAGAGGGAUAAAUCAGGAGCUUGGGAUUGACAUACACACACUACUAUAUAUAAAAAAGGUAACCAACAAGGACCUACUGUAUAGCACAGGGAACUCUACACAAUAUUCUGUGAUAACCUAUAUGAGAAAAGAAUUGGAAAAAGAAUGAAUAUAUGUAUAUGUAUAAUUGAAUCACUUUGCUGUACACCUGAAACUAACACAACAUUGUAAAUCAACUAUAAUCCAAUAAAAUUUAAAAAAAAGAAACCCCAUACCUAUUAGUAAUCGCUCCGAUUUUCUCCCCAACCCCCUCAGCCCCUAAUCUACUUUCUGUCUCUAUGAGUUUGCCUAUUCUGGACAUUUCAUAUAAAUAGAAUCAUAUAACACCUAGUCUUUUGUGACUGACUUCUCUCCCUACCAUGUUUUCCAGUUUCAUCCAUGUUGCAGCAUGUAUUAGUACUAAUGCUGAGUUUUAAGUAGCAAAUUGGGAGAAAAGAUAGUCUAGGCCCCAUUCCGACCUUGCAGUCCCAUUGGGAGUCAUUCAACAACCUUAAAAGAAAAAUUUUUUUAAGGACCUUGACACCAGGCACUGUUUUAGAUGCUGGGGAUACAGGAAUGAAUAGGACAUAGUGCUAGUCCUCAAGGAGCUCACAACUUUGCAAAGGAGACAGAACGAUGACCACAAUUUAAUGUGAUAAAAAUUGUAAUAUUUUUGCUAUAAUAAAAGUAUGUAUAAAUGUGUGGAACAAUGAUGAGGAAGUAAUUAAUUCUGCCUUGGCAAAUAAAGGGAGACUUCCCAGAGGAGGUGAUAUUUUACCUGGGCCUGCAAAGAUGCAAAGAAAUUUGCCAAACAAGGAGGAGAAAGGCAUUCCAGGGAUAGGGAAGAUAAUGAAGGCAUGAAAAGAAAAGCAAGGUGUUCUCAAGAAGUGAUGAAUAAACUGCUGUGGUAGAGAAAAGAGUUGGAGGGGCAGUGAGCAAGCAUGGAGUAGGGGUGGGAAUAAGGAGCUGCUGGGAUCCAGCAGGUGAGGACCCUUAGGCAGGGCUGAUACUUAGUAGCAGGUGCCAGUACUUCUCAAUCUCUAAAACACUGAUGUCCCAAGAUCCACACACACCCCACCCCUGACAUGGUCCCCUGCCACCCAGCCUCUUUCCAGUUCUUCAUAAUCCAGCAACCACAGGGUUAAUGCCUGGCAGAGGGCCCCUAGCAGGGGCCUCUGAGAUUCCUUCCCUCCUCCAGCUGCCUUCCACGUGUUGGUACUCCGAAGUCCUGCUAGUUAAAUAUUUUGAAUAUCACUUCUUGCCCUCAGGCAGUAAAUCUAGAAGGUUAAUUAAGGUCACGGAGGCAUAAAAAGGUUUUUUUCUCUGAACUAAAAAUUUCCACCCAAUUGUAAAAGUAACUAUAAAAGUAAAAUGCUUCCAUAGCAUUCUACCGCCAUUUUUAAAAAUUAAUUUUUAUUGGAGUAUAGUUACUUUACAAGGUUGUGUUAGUUUCUGCUGUGCAGCAAAGUGAAUCAGUUAUAUGUAUACAUAUAUCCACUCUUUUUUAGAUGUCCUUCCCAUUUAGUUCACCACACAGCACUGAGUAGAGUUCCCUGUACUAUACAGUAGGCUCUCAUUUGUUACCUAUUUUAUAUGUAGUAGUGUAUAUAUGUCAAGCCCAAUCUCCCAAUUCAUCCUCCCUCCACCCACCCAGCCAUUGCUAACAUCUCUAGCUUCUUGGGUCUCCUUUGCCAUCUCAACCUCCUCUACUUGGCCCUGAAUAUUGGGUUCCCCAAGACCAGACCCUAGACCAGCUCCUCUUCCCACCCUAAACUCUCUCCCACACAGUCUUAUUCACACCCAGGUUUAAAUGACCAUCAAUCAACAGUUGAUUUACAAUGAUUAUCUCCAGCCAGACCUCUCCUCUGAGAUCCAAACCCUUACUUUCCAUUGUCUACUUGACGUCCUCUUUUGGUUUUCACAUAUAGGGCACUUCAAACUCAACCUGCCCUGAACCAGCCCUGUCUUCAGGUCCCAACCCGAUGGGCUUCAUCCAUUACACUCUGUCUUGGGUGACAGCACCACUUCCAUUCACAUCCAGAAACCUAAAAGUCAUCCAGAUGCUUCUCUCCUUUCACCACGCACCCCCUACCAUCCCAUCCAUCUCCAAAUCCUGGCAAUUUGCCUAAGAGUUCUUUAAAUUUAUUUUAUUUAUUUAUUUAUUUUUGGCCCCGUUGGGUCUUCGUUGCUGCGCGUGGGCUUUUCUCUAGUUGCGGCAAGCGGGGGUCAUUCCUCGCAGCGGUGUGCAGCCUCUCAUCGUGGUAGCCUUUUCUGUUGUGGAGCAUGGGCUCCAGGUGCAUGGGCUUCAGCAGUUGUGGCUCACGGGCCUAGUUGCUCCGCGGCAGGUGGGACCUUCCCGGAUUAGGGCUCGAACCCGUGUCCCCUGCAUUGGCAGGAGGAUUCUUAACCACUGCGCCACCAGGGAAGCCCUGCUUAAGAGUUCUUGAGGUCAUCCAUGUCUCUCCAUUUUCACCACCACCAUUAGCUGAGCCCAUCCCACCAUCAACUCUUGCCUAGACCACCACAAUAGCUUCCCAACUGGCCUCCCCCAUUGACUAUCUCUCUUAAUAACUCCCACUGCUCCUGGCUGGCUAGCUUGGGCAGGGUCCAGCUCCUACCUCCUCUUUAGCUCCAUCUGGCACCAGCCUCUCCCAGGCUUGCCCUAUUCAGCCAUUCUCUUACUCAUCAGUUCCUCUCUCACCACAGGGCCCUUGUUAGUCAUGUUCCUUCUGCGUGGGACUUUCUUUGACUGUUUAAGUUCUUCCUCAUGCUUCAGAGAUCUCUUUGCCAAGGAAGUCUUUCCUGGGUUGCCUCUAUCUGUAGAAGGUCUCACUAUUUUGUCUACAGUCUCAUUACACUAUGUAUCACCUCUCUGAUGCACUUGUCACUAUUGCAAUUUUACUUCUGCUGCAUCACUAUUUGAUUAACGUUUGCUUUUCCCCACCAAAAUGUAACUUCCAUGAGGGACAGUGUGUGGGGUUUUUUGGUUUUUUAAAUUAGUUAUUUAUUUUGGGCUGCAUUGGGUCUUUGUUGCUGCGCUCCAGCUUUCUCUAGCUGUGGCGAGUGGGGGCUGCUCUUCAUUGUGGUGCACAGGCUUGCGGUGGCUUCUCUUUGGCUUCUCUUGCUGCAGAGCAUGGGCUCUAGGCGCGCUGGCUUCAGUAGUUGUGGCUCGCAGGCCCUAGAGCUCAGGCUCAGUAGUUUGUGGUGCACGGGCUUAGUUGCUCUGCAGCAUGUGGGAUCUUCCUGGACCAGGGAUCGAACCUGUGUCCCAUGCAGUGGCAGGGAGAUUCUUAACCACUGCACCACCAGGGAAGUCCUGACAGUGUGUUUUGAUCAUCACUAAAUCCCCAGCAUCAAGCAUGAUGUCUAGAAUAUGGCAGAUAUUUAAUAAAUGUUUACUGAAUGAA